GUAUCCAUGUGUAUUUAUUAUUGACAUAUUAAAGUUAAUAAAUAAGUAAUUUAAUAAAAUAAAAAUAAAAACAAAUAUGUCUUCAGAUAUAGAAGAAACUCCUUUUUUAGAAGAUGAAGAAGCGCAAUUAAUCAAAGAAGUUUCGCGAAUGAACCCAGAAGAAUUGCGAAAGUUAAAAAAUGAAUUAGGAACUAAAAUUUUCAAUAAAGUAAUUCAAAAAAAGAACUCUACAAAGCCUAGUGGUAAGUAUCAUGUUCCUCAACCUAGAGCUCGGAAUGACGACGAUCGACCUGUCGAAGUAUCAGCUAAGAGAAAAGUACCACCGCUAAUGAAUGUGAUACCAGUGAAGAAACCCAUCGCAAGAGAUCCUAGAUUCGAUAAACUCUGCGGAGAAUUUAAUGAAAGAGCGUUUAAAAAAUCCUACAGCUUUGUCAGUCAGCUGAAGGAGAAUGACAUCACAGCACUGAAGAAAGAGUUGAAAGUUUCCAAAGAUCCUGAAGAAAUAAAAAAAAUUAAAUUUUUAAUUCAGCGGUUAGAGAAUCAGCUGAGAGAAGAACGUAAAGUUCAGAAACGUAAGGAAGCAGAAGAGGCUGAGAAAAAACAAAUUGCUGAAGCUAUUAAGAGAGGAGAGCAACCUGUUUUCAGAAAAAAAUCUGAGAAGAAAAUUAUUGAUCUGGUUUCACAAUACGAAGAGUUGAAGAGUUCUGGUAAAUUACAGAAACAUAUAGAAAGGUUGAAAAAGAAACGACUUAGUAAAGAUAGAAAGAAAGGAUUAAGUCAUGAUGAUAAUGGAGAUAAUGAUGAAUAAAUGUAAAUCUUAUAAUAAAAAGUAAUAUUACUUAUAAAAA